AAUCCUCCACAUCUAUUCCUCCGCAGCGCCUAUAAAUCCACCAUUACUCCUUUCCUUCAAAUUCAAUACCCUUUUUUCCACCACUAAUUUCCAUCCAAAUUUCUUGAACCCCUCAAUCCACAGAAAUUCACAUGUGAGCCUUUCCAAUCCAAUCCACCCACUUCUAUUUUUUUGGGCGUGGGUUACUCCAUUUGCUUGGGAUUUCAGCAAUGGUUUCUCUGGAAGAUUCUCACUCCACCUCCAGUCGCUUCCCGGCAACCCGCCCCUUCUACAGCCCAUCCUCUUCCCCUUCCCCCAAAACCCACCGCUCCAUGGGCCGCUCCAUGCGCACCAUCCGCUCCAACCUCUACCACACCAACCACACCCGCUCCUUCCCCGGCGACCACCUCUCCGAGAACCUCACCGACUCCGCCGUCGACUUCCGCCUCGACCAACUCGCCGCCGCCCAACCCAGCCACCACUCGCCUUACUCCGAUAACGACAACAACAACGACGACUACUUCCUGGACCUCUCCCAGACCUUCAGCGACUACUCCGCCUGCAGCAGCGACAUCUCCGGCGAGCUCCAGAGACUCGCCACCAUCCCCAACCCGGAAAACGAGUCGGAUCUGUACCCGGAGCAACCCGAAUCAAAACCCGAACCCGAACCCUGCCUGGGGUUCCUGCAGAGGGAGAGCUUCUCUACCGAGAUCAUCGAGAGCAUAUCCCCAGAGGACCUCCAGCCCACGGUCAAGAUCUGCAUCGACGGCCUCCGCUCGAGCUCCACCGCAGUCAAAAGAUCCGCCGCGGCCAAGCUCAGGCUCCUCGCCAAGAACAGGUCCGACAACCGGGUUUUAAUCGCCGAGUCGGGCGCCGUGCCGGCCCUAAUCCCUCUCCUGAGGUGCGCCGAUCCGUGGGCCCAGGAGCACGCUGUCACGGCCCUACUGAAUCUCUCCCUCCACGAGGCCAACAGGGGGUUAAUAACCAACGCCGGAGCGAUUAAAUCGCUGAUUUACGUUCUAAAGACUGGUACGGAGACGUCGAAGCAGAACGCGGCGUGUGCGUUGUUGAGUUUGUCGCUGCUGGAGGAGAAUAAGGUUACGAUUGGGGCGUGUGGGGCGAUACCGCCUUUGGUGGGGUUAUUGAUUCACGGGUCGUGUAGGGGGAAGAAGGACGCGUUAACGACGUUGUAUAAGCUGUGUAGUGUUAGGGUUAAUAAGGAGAGGGCGGUGAGGGCGGGGGCGGUGGGGCCUCUGGUGGGGAUGGUGGUGGCGGGGGAGGAGGGGGGUAAUAAUGGGGUGGGGGAGAAGGCGAUGGUGGUGCUGAGCAGCCUGGCAGGGGUGGAGGAAGGGAAGGCGGCGAUCGUGGAGGAAGGUGGGAUAGCAGCACUGGUGGAGGCGGUCGAGGACGGGUCGUCCAAAGGGAAGGAGUUCGCGGUGUUGACGCUGUUGAUGUUGUGUGGGGAAAGUGUGAAGAAUAGGGGGUUGCUUGUUAGGGAAGGAGGGAUACCGCCUUUGGUGGCGCUUUCGCAGACCGGGACUGCAAAAGCCAAGCACAAGGCUGAAACACUGUUAAGGUAUUUGAGGGAACCAAGACAAGAAGCUUCUACUUCAAGCCCAUAGAGAGGAGGUAUAUCCCGUAUGGGAUUAGGUUUCAAUUUUAUUAUAUAUACUAGAGAAGAGUUUGGUGUUGACUGUAUAUAGGACCUAUUUUGAUCGUUUGUAUAGAGUGGGUGAGAAAAUUGAGAUAGGAGAAAGGGUUAAAAUAAGUGGAAUCUCUUUAGAUGUUUGUUUAGUUUGACUAGGUGUUAGGGUUUUUCUCUGCGAACCGACCUUUUAGUUAUAUGGUAUUGACUAGCUUUUGGGGGGGUUUAUGAUUUGUUCUUUCUUUAUUAGUGGAGUACUGUAUUUGUUUUGUUGGAAGGGGAGAACUUGCUUUCCGAGCGGGUUUUUGGGUUGAUAAGGACUCGGGCUAUGCCUUGUUUUUGACUUUUGGAUUGAGUGGAAAAUAUAUAUGUUUGGAGAUAAUUCUAUUUACAAA